UUUGUUUGCAACAUGUAGUUAAUAUUGUAUGGAUAAAAAAAUAAAAAAUGGUAUUAUCGCAAUCAUAAAGUUACUGUGAGGUACAACUUUGACUUUCUAGAUUUUUAUUUUGUAGUGUAAAGCGCUCGUUAUCCUGUCCUAAUCACAGUUACGCGACCUUGCAGACCAACGUGGUAACAACUGCUUUUGUCUGCGUUUUGGUCUUAAAGCGUGAUGAAGAGUUUUUGAGCUGAUAUUUGAAGAAUUGUGCACUAUUUAAUGUUUCGAUAUUUAACUGACUCGUCGUUGAAUAUCUGAGAUCAGUUACUCUUUACAAGUCCAGCACUAGUAUGAGUUUAUUCAAUUCAGCUUCUAAGCAUAGGUUGCUCUUUAUUCGAAUGUGGAGAUUUCCAAAGGCUGUGGACUGCCACGAGCACAACAGAGUGAACAACACCAGGAGGUCCAGCAAGUCUAAAGUGUCAGGAGUAAGACAGCCAGAUGGGAAAGCAUCACCAAAUAAACUUGAGAAUCCGGGACGAGUUUCAUCAGAGCUUCAGAAGCUGGCCCAUGAGGACUUCUCGUCAGAGUGGGAGAGGCCUGCGAUACUCAAGCCAUCCGUGGAGUCUUCAGACCAGCAUGAGAUUGUCUUUGGCGUCGCUCCUUGUCUCCUGGCUCUCACUCAGGCUCGCCGAAAGCCAUUUAAGCUGUUUGUGAAAGACGGCGAGGCCGCGCACAGGUCCUCGCUCCUCAAGGUGUGCGAGGAGGCAAACCAGCGACAAGUUCCGAUCCAGCGUGUCAGUAAGAAAGACUUGGAUAGGAUGUGUUUAGGUCGGAUUCAUCAAGGUGUUUGCCUGCGAGCCACCCCAUUGAGCUACCUGACCGAAGACUCGGCCUCGAGUUCAAACUCCACACCUCUCUGGCUAGUUCUGGACGGGAUUCAAGACCCGAUGAAUCUCGGAGCUAUCUUGCGCUCAGCCUAUUUCCUCGGCGUGGACCGAGUGGCCAGCAGCGUCCACCGCAGCUGCCCUCUGACCCCGGUGGUAAGCAAGGCCAGCGCUGGCAUCAUGGAGGUGAUGAAUGUGUAUGGCUACGAAGACCUGGCGGACAUGGUCCGGGUCAAGGCGGCACAUGGCUGGCAGGUGGUCGGGACGGUGGCGGCCGAGGUGCGGGAAUCUGGCCUUCCCGUCACGCCGUGUUCGGACUUCCGGAUGACCACGCCCACGCUGCUGCUGAUUGGAGGGGAGGGUGACGGAUUGUCCCGGAAGCUACUGAAUUUCUGUCAAACGCUUGUGACCAUUCCAGCGGGGAGACAGCUGCUACCUGGCGUCGAGUCGCUCAACGUGUCCGUGGCCACCGGCAUCCUGCUGCACUCGCUGCUGGCCUCCACCAGGCUCACCUGAUGCGUCAACAUUUCUAAUUGCGUGGAAAUGGAAUGUACGUAGAACAGUGGUGAGCAAACCUUUGUGCUCAAGGGCCACAUUUCGAAAACUGACAGAUGGGCUGUGUCGACAUGGGCCUUUUAAGGGAGGUGUCGCCUGGUGAGUGUCAUCAGGAGCUCUGACUCCAGCUCCCAUUGGGCAUUUUCAACAUGGCUCACAUGCUCCUUGCGUUUGUUUUCACUUUGUAUUUGUGUGUUAUGGCGGUUGUCCCAUUCAAUAAACAGCUGCGAUGGUGAGUGUGGAUGGAUUUAGAUAUACCAAUGAAGUUACGACGUUGUUAUGUGACUGGCCUUGUCAGACAAAAUGUUCUGUCAAACAAACAAUUAUUACAGGGUUCUUGAAGUGAAUGCUCAGUGAUUAAAGAAUGGAGCAGGCCGAAUGUGGCCCUCUGGCCAUACUUUUCCAACACUGAUGUAGAAUGUAAAUGGAUACUUUUCUUUCAAAAAUGAACUUUAAAUCAUUCAUUUACACUCAUACCUAUGGACAAUCUAGUCUUCAAUUAACCUAACAUGCACAGGGGAGAUCAUGGCAACACUGCCAUAGACAAGAUUCAAACCCUGAACCUCAGAAUUGUGAGACAUGCUAACCACUAGUUUGCAGUGCUGCCUUUUUCUAAAUUAAACUAACAAUUGUCAUUCUUAUUUCACGGUGUUUACAAAACACAACAAAUGAUAUAUUUUAAUAAUUAUACAACACUACAUUUUUGGAGCAGCACAGUGGAUUAGUGGUAAACACUGAAAUAUGCACAUUCUUCUGUUGCUGCAGUGUGGAUUUUCUACUCUAGAAUUGCUCCCAUAAUCCAAAAACAUAACUCUCAAUUGUCUUCAGGUUUGUACAAUAACCACGUCGGUUGGUUCACCGAAGACUCCAGAUUGUUUGUAGGUGUUUUAUUCUAUACUGUACAUUUUUAUAGUCAUGCACAAUAGUUUAUAUAUUUAUUUGUGCAAAGUGCCUUAAUAUACAGCUCACCAUUAUGGCGUUACGCUGAAUCUAGUUUUUGUGACAGUGGAAGACCUGCGAUUGUUUCUCUUUAAAGAGCUGGAUACAUCUUGGGGUAAUCUUUUUUUUUUUUUUCUUUCAAAAAAACCUCCAAAGGCUUGUUUUUUAAUGCCGGGUCCUCAGGCUCCACAUGCUGAAGCAGUUUUGAUGGCCUCGUUUUGAUUGCCUCCUUUGUCAGCCUGUCGUGAGCUGUUACCUGUCACCUGUUACAGGUAACUAGCAAUGAACCUUAAGUCGGAUUGCCGAUAUUGUCUCUUAAAUAUAGCUUCCUUUUUUUCUUGGAAGUUGUACACUCUUCUUUUGUUCACUCUUGGCCGGUCACCAGCCAAUCGCAGGGCACAUCUGGACAAAAAACAAUUCAUACUUGCAUAAUCAAAACUAUGGAUAAUUUAGUCUUCAGUGAAGCUAACAUUUAUGUUUUUGGAAUGGGGAAGAAAACUGGAAUACCUGGAGAAAACCCACGCAAGCAUGCAAACUCCACACAGAAAGGCCAGAGCCUGGAUUCG